CCGGGUCACCUAAUUUAUGUCGGAAAAUGGGACCAGGAGCCAAAUACUAGAUAGAACAUUUAACCACUGUUUCAGAAAUACUUUACCUCGCGGGGGAUUAUGGCUACUUUAAUAGUGGGAAGGAUUCAAGGGUUCCGUUGCGGAACGAGUUUCAUGCGUGGAGUUGUGAAGCAGCUGGCUUCCAGCAGUUCAGGCAUACACACUGAGCAGAUUGAUAAAAAUUUAGAACUGAGAAGUCCGGCACCAAUCACAAGCGAGCCUACCAAUCGGCCGCUUGUUAUACUGUAUGGGUGGAUGAUGGUAAAAGCCAGGCACUUGAACAAAUUUGGUGACUUAUACUUGAACAAAGGAUGCGACGUUUUGAACAUUAGAGUGCAGCCGAACCAGGUGUUAAGGCCUAAGGUCGCUCAGCGUCUUGCUCAGCGCGUGCUAAAUUAUGUGGAGUUUGAGCGUCACAGGAAACAGCCGGUACUUGUUCAUGGGUUUUCGGUUGGUGGCUAUCUCUAUGGAGAACUUCUAUUCAAAGUCCAACAGAUGCCGGAGAAAUACGCAUCAUUUCGGGAGCGGUUGAUCGGGCAAGUUUUCGACAGUCCUGUUGACAUCCAGGGUAUCCCUGAUGGUUUCGCUAGGGUCCUGUCUUCUAAUCCAGUUGUACAGGCAUCCAUCAGGAACAGCCUGAAAGCUUACCUGAAGCUGUUCUAUGAACAGGUCACCAAGCAUUAUGAGGCGUCUUCUGCAGCUUUCCACAAUAAUGAUUUGCGAACCCCAACACUGAUGCUGUACUCAAAAGCCGACCAGGUUGGGGUUCCAGGGGCCAUAGAGGCUGUGAUGGAGAAAUGGAUGGCUAAAGGAAUUCACUUGCGUUGGAAGCGAUGGGAAGAUAGCAUACACGUAGGCCACAUGCACUUGUAUCGAGAAGAGUAUAUUGAAGUUCUGAUGAAUUUUUUAGAAGAAAUUGGACUCUUAGCUUUUUGCAAACAAGAGGCUAUCUCCAUAAAACAGUAAUGACUGACAAGAAUUGUUUACUUAAAUGUUUCCUCACCUGCUUAAUUACAGACUCUUCCAUGAUGUCUCGAUCACUGAACAGUUUAAAAUCUUAUGCCAUUUUGUGAAGUUGCUUUUGUAGCAUAAUGUGUUAGAGGUUGAGCGAGUUUUUUGGUUCGUCACUGGUACAGGCUAAUUUCUAAUUUUAAACAUUACUUGAAAUUACCUGUUCUAAAUUGUUUUAACAGUGCAAUAUGAUGAUGCCUAAGUGAGUGAAGCAUAUACACAUUUGUCUUAAUGAGUAGUAUGCUCCCAGCAUAAAGAUGAUAUCGGUCGGUCAAACUUACAUGCAUGAUUUAUUAAUGCAUGUAUGUGUAGUCGUAUUACUGGUAACCUUGAGCUUUAACACAGAUUUUCAUUGGACUGUCCUUAACCUGUUAAAAUUUUAGCUUUUUGUUAAGUAUUAAAAUAUUUUUAUGUCAGAUUUGUUAAAACAGGCACAUACAUGUAGGUCAUAUAGUAAGAAGAGAUUUGAAACAUUUGAAACUU